CAAUAGGCAAAUUAAUAAAUCGGGGAAAUCUUGGGUAGUGAAAAGUGCUUGCAGAGUUAAGCAGGAUGUUGCUAUUUGGGCUCUGGUCAAGCAGAGAAGGAUACUCCUCCUCUUCCUUUCACGAAAUGCAAUUAACAGCCCUGGACAGAAUGCAUGGAGAAGGUAACUGAGGAUUCUAGGAAAAAAAAAGGAGCAGGAAUAUUUGGGAAGGAAACCAGAAUUCAAAACACUACUAAGCUGUUGAUAUUUGGGUUCCUGGUCUGGACCCUGGUAGCUGCCACCCACAUAGUAUACCCAUUGCUGCAAGGAUGGGUGAUGUAUGUCUCGCUCACCUCGUUUCUCAUCUCCUUGAUGUUCCUGUUGUCUUACUUGUUUGGAUUUUACAAAAGAUUUGAAUCCUGGAGAGUUCUGGACAGCCUGUACCACGGGACCACUGGCAUCCUGUAUAUGAGCGCUGCCGUCCUGCAAGUACAUGCCACGAUCGUUUCUGAGAAACUGGACCCGAGAAUUUACUACAUUAAUUCGGCAGCCUCGUUCUUUGCCUUCAUCACCACGCUGCUCUACAUUCUCCAUGCCUUCAGCAUCUAUUACCGCUGAUGCACAGGCGCCAGGCCAAAGGGGAAAUGCUCUUUGAAAACCCCGAUUAUUGGUCCCCAAAAGCAGCUUCCAACGUUUGCCAUCUGGAUGAUAAACAGAAGAUCCACUAAAACGUCCACGGGAUUAACAGCGUCCUUGCAGACUGAGCAAUGACACCACAUUUUGUUUGGACAUUUAAAUUCACUCUGCUGCAUAGGAGGAAGGUUUUCUUUUUCCUGGGAAAACAACUGUCUCUUGGAAUUAUCUAACCAUGAACUUGCUCUUCUAGACAACUUACAUCAAAGCCCUCACUCCACUAAUGGAGAAUCCCAGCUCCACUAAUGCCAAGUCUGUUUGGGAAUUUUGCCUCAGCUGUGGGUUUCCCUAGAGUAGGUGCAGGGGAAUACUCAGUCUGAUUCUCUCUCUCUCUCUCUCUCUCUCUCUUUUUUUUUUCUUUUUGAGACGGAGUCUCACUCUGUCACCCAGGCUGGAGUGCAGUGGCACGAUCUCCACUCACUGCAAGCUCCGCCUCCCGGGUUCCUGCCAUUUUCCUGCCUCAGCCUCCUGAGUAGCUGGGACUACAGGCGCCCACCACCACGCCUGGCUAAUUUUGUUGUAUUUUUAGUAGAGACGGGGUUUCACCGUAUUAGCUAGGAUGGUCUCGAUCUCCUGACCUCGUGACCCUCCCACCUCGGCCUCCCAAAGUGCUGGGAGCCACCGUGCCCAGCCUGAUUCUCUUAAAAUUGAAGAGGUGCCGCCAAGGCCUUCAGAUCUAAUGCAGAUCCACAGACCUUGUUCCUGGUCCUUGUUCAGUCUGUGCUGGGGUGCUGCCAAGGCCUUCAGAUCUAAUGCAGACGCACAGACCUUGUUCCUGGUCCUUGUUCAGCCUGCGCUAGGGAGCCGUGAUCCCAAGUUCCCGGGGAUGCUGACAGGGUCAAGCCACCCUGCCCACCAGCCUCCCACUUCCCCUCCCCUUUCCUCUCCAGCAUUGGGAUCCAAGGAAAAUCUGCAUGAAGCCAAUUUUGAGAGUAAAUGUGUGGGGAAAAUAAAUUAUUAUACAGUAAGACCUGGGGCUUGAGGGGUGGGGAAUGGGGAGGGAAGGGCACAGCCUGCUCCUCCAUGAGUCUGACAUCUCAGAAACUGCUCAGCUGCCGGACGCCUGGGUCAGGACUCCAAGACCCCACCUCUUAAGGACUGGUUCCUCAGAAAAGACCCUCAGGGAAAAAGGUGAAAACAUUACAUCCGUGGAUUCUCCUGCCACAACCACAUUGGAAGAAAAUGCUGCCGCAUCAUCUCAGCGAGGAGUGAGGGACCCAUGUCCCAGGGACCACGCUCCUUCACCUGCACUCACCUCCCUCACAUUCUCUUAAGCACCCGGUGGCCCUCCAAAGCCUGGCAGAAUGGUGGUGCCCACGGGGUUGGGCAAGGGCUCACCAGGACCUCAAUGGGCAAAGUUGUGCACGCUAAAAUAUCAAAUCAAGGUGCUUGGUUUUAAAGUAAAUGUUUUUCUAAAGAAAGCUGUGCUCUUCUGCUGACCCGGACAAAUAGAGCACAGCCCUGUAACUGCACGUGCCUUCUGCCAUUGGGAAUGAAAUAAAUUAUUAUGAGAAAGGGACUUGUCCUAACUAGUUUGAGACCUUACAGUUUUGUAUCAACAUUUUUCCCCUCCUGGGGUUUGCAGGGGCAGGGACAGAACUACAGGAGUCAUGGGAAAGAAAAUUCUGGCUUCACUACUGCUCACUGCUCACUUUCUGAUCACUGUGAUACUUUUCUUUUUUUUUGCAACCUGAUACGUUGAAAAGCCUCCAUGUGUCUCUCCUUUUGUUGCCUGGCAGCUGUCUAGGAUGAUCACUGUUUAAUAUUUACUAAGUAGCCACAUGCAAAUAAAAGUUGUUUGUAUGGUAAAAAGGA